AUGGCGUCAACUUCCACGCCUUCUUCAUCGCGAAUUCCGGUCGAUCUCACGCAGAAUCAGCCUCAUCGACGCCCUCAUCACUUUAGACGCAUCUACCUCGGCCCCACGCCCGUUUCGAGCAACGCUGCAGCCUCGCUAGCAGCGGCCAUUGCCGAGGAUGCGACAGUAGACGAGCCGUUGGGCUUGGGAGUGGCAAAGUCUGAGCCCGCCGCUGGUGGCACAGCGAACCAGGACAUCGUCGAGCCGCUACUACCACCGCAUUUAGAUCUCCCUCCAACAUCUCCGCCGCACUCGCACAGUCGCAAAGCGAUCCACGAUGUGUCGGGCUUUGUGCGCAAUCGCGAUGAUCCAUUCAGCAGCGAGGUGGAAGCGAGCCAUCUGGCUCGCGACCGUGUGCGGGAACUAGCUGGCGAUCGAGAGGAGGAGCUAGGCCAGCAUCCAAGCUCCGGACCCUCCACCCUUCGACCUCCUCGUUCUCGCGAACGAGAAGCGUCUAGCGAGCGGAGUGUCUCGCAACGCCGCGCAAGUCCUCACGACCUGUCGCCGUUGACCGUGUCGCACCCUGGCAUCGCUCAUUCGACAUCCCAGGCUGCCCGUAAUCGCCAGCAGCUGGCUCGAGAGGCAUCUGCGGUCAGCUUUGCCAGCGCCAAGUCCCUUCCAGAUAGCGUAUUGUCCGAGGGCGACGCAUUGGCUAGAGCAAGAAAGGGCAAGGGCAAGCUCGACGAGUCCCAAGAUGCUCUUCAUUUCGAGGAUAUCAACGGCUGGAGCAAGAAUGCGGAGGGUGGCGCCUCAUGGGGCAGGUCGGCUCGAGAUCGAAAAAGAAUAGGCUCUGUGGAGGGCGAAUUGGAUGACCAUGUCGCGCAGCAAGCCAAGCGCCGCCUUUCCUUUGACCUUCCGGAAGGCAUCGUGCUAGCUAGAAGGGGACGCUCUGAAAGCGCGGCAGCCGGAAGUCAUCUUCGCGAAGCGAGCGAGCCCCCCCUCGCUCUGCUGGACGUCUCCCUGGCAGAGGCAGACGAGACCAUCGAUCACCACAGCGAGACUGGCACUCUGAAAGCUCCGAGCGUUCGCAAUGGAAGCUUAUCGCAGGAAGCCACGCCAAGAGCGGAAAGUGCUGCAAGGCUUGGCCUACUGCAUCAACUACAUGCCAUCGACCAUGCGACGCCCCUCUCUAAGCGGACGACUGGCUCAUUGCAAGACUUGGCGUUGGGUCGAAAGGCUUCAGAUCGCUCCCUGUCCACAUUCAAAGGCUCCGCGCCGCGCAGACGCAGGAGCAAGAACUCUCUGCGGCACAUUGCAUCAGCAUCUGGCAGCCUCACGCGUUACGAGGCACGUAGGCUGUCCAAAGCGAGCGUAGGCAGCCAACACGACGCGGAUGCGAGUGUGCACGACCCAACGUCUCCGUCGUCAUUCCGCCCUAAUGAAGAGAUUGAAGACGCAUCGCCUUUCGAGCGACGACUCCCGAAGCAAAGAGACGGCUCUCGAGCCAGAGCUCACAUCGCUGCCGAGGCUACUUAUCCGCCACGAAGACGAAGCGCCUCGUAUGCCAGAGGGCAUCCGAGAGAAUUUUCGCGAGCUAGCAAGAUGAGUCGCGCAAGUACUGUCGGAACGCUGGGCAGCUUUGGCUCGCACGGUACGCGAUUCACGGAAGGCUCAUUCGGAGCUACUGGAGGGUUCCGAGCAAAGCUUGUGGCUUUUUUUGGCAGUAGGAGCAGCGCAGCGAGCGCGCGAGAAAGUGCAGCACGAAGGAGAUCCGCUUCCUUUGCUGCAUUGGCUCGCGGUAAACCUGGGCAGGUCGGUACGAGCGCAGGAGGCACUAAAUGGGUGGGAGGCAGCUUCGAAGUCGGUCGUCGAUUUCAAGAGGUCCUGAAUGCUCGCCAUGCCGUUUUGGGCGCAUCCUUGUUGGACCAUGCAUCAGGUGACUCUGCCAGCGUCAAGGACUCGUCGCGCAAGGAGCAGCGGCCGGAGCGAGAUGGCGCGACGCGCGAUCCCCAGUUAAAGCACACUACGGACAACAUCUCUCGCAGCCCUUCGGAUGUCCUUUCAACUUUUGCGCAUCAAGCGCAAGAUUCGGCAGGCGACAAACAGGUCAAUGGAGUUGGGCAGACUGAUGGCAAGCUCGCGGAUGAUACAUUUCGGAAAGCAGAGCUCACCGUCACGGAAGCGAGCCCUGCCCAGGAUGAAUCCACUGAGAGUACAACGAGGCCAAUGCCUAGCGGAAAGGAGACCAUCAACGAGAAGCUACGGAAUGCAUCUGACACGCCAAAUACAACGCCGACCAAGAGGAGGCCAAUGGAUUCGAGCAACUCAGCCGUGUCAUUACUGAGUGUUCCGCACACCAAAGGUGCUGACCACGAAUCGCAAUUCACCAUCGAAAGCAGGCAUGGCUGGAGCGAUGUCGUCAGCUUCAUGAGCGCAAAUUCCAGCUUGGGCAGCGACAAUCGUGUCGCUUCGCCUGCAUUUGGAAGCAUGGCAGAGCGCAGUCGGCGAGCUCUCGAGAAUGGUCUUGGCAGCAUUGAGGCGUUUCGUGCGCGCCAGGCUGAAAGGAGAGCUGCGAGAAAGGACCUUGGUCCGGCUUUGUCCAGAGACGCGAUACGAGAAGCGAGCACCUCCUCGGGCACAGACGUCAGCUUGUCUCAGGCCGCCCUUGGCAAGCCGGCAUCGCAAAUGAAGGGGUCCAGUGCUCAAGAAGACCCCGUGGUGGAUCACGUGCAGAAUGAGGAGCAGAUGGAGGCGAUCGCCACGCCCUCAGCAGCCCCAGCCGAGGCGCAGCAGCAUCCACAGCCACCCAUCAAAGCUGACGAGCUGUUUCCCGAAGCGACGCACAAUCUUUUGAGAAGACAAAGCUUUCAAGGUGUACGUGCAGACGGCGUCAAGCCCGAGACAGCUAGCGAUCAUGAGGUCGUCAUACAGGGCACGCCCACAUCCGCAGGCGAUCGUGCGCCCGAGGUCAUCGAAUGUAGAGCGCUCAGCACGGCUGGUAGCACGUUGUUGGGAAGUGAAACUGCAGUCGCUGAUAAUCGCGAUCCGCGCCUCCGCACCGUGAGCACGCUCAGUGGGGACACGAAAGCGUACGCAGGCUCGCACGACAGUCGUACUCAUACACCAAAGAAGGCAAAGGGGCCCCAGGAUCUGGGUGUCGUUUGCGCAGGGCAGAUGUACGAACCGGCAUUGAAUUCGACCGUGGAUGUGCACCCGUCGCCGCGGAAGACGGUACAAUUUGAAGGCGGCGCGAGACCGAACGUGACAGGACGCAGCCUCAGCACCUCGCUCUUCACUCGAAACGGUCCGAAUGCCGAGGUCAAGCUCACACCCUCUGCGAACGGGAAGAUUGCGCGUCCACCAUCCGGCGCUACUGAGCCUGUCCCUCCCGAAGAGGUCCUCUCGAGACCAGGCUCUUUUGAAAAUCGCAGGUCGACACCUGUGCAUAGCGGAAGCACGACUCCGACCGAAGCAAUGACAACACCACGGUCCGAAUUGAAGCGCGACAGGAUGUUGGUAAAGAUCGGGUGGACGCCCUCUGCGGAUUUGCCGGCAGAUCUUGACGAGAAUUCUGCGAGAAAGUAUGCUGUCUAUAGCGAUCCGUGGCGAGAGUACAUGGUUGUACUGCGUCAUGCCAGACUUGAAAUUUGGGACGACCCUGUGAGUGUUGGUGUGUGGACAUUGAGAUGUGAUCAGCGCUGAUCAUGCUUCCGUGCUGCUCAGACUUUUAUGUCGAAAGCGACUGGUCAUGCGAGUCGCCUCGACCUGCAUCAGAUCGUACCUCUGCGGCGUGGUUCUACCUGCAUGUCCCUGUUCUCGCCCGUGGACCGAAUUUUUGCCAUUCACUAUCAACACGAUGUCAAUGGACACCGUGGUAAGCUCCAUCUGCGCCGCUCGCCCACUCACGUCCUCCUCUUUGAUACUCGCGCGCGGAGCGUUGCGACGGACUGGAUGUGGGAAAUCUGGCGCGAACUUGGCGGACUGAUCCCCGAGAGCCUAGACGUCCACAUACCUGCUUUGGAUGGCAAAGUGCGCAUACCUGUCCCGGAUGAGGUUCCAUGUCAUUCGGCAAGCAGCGUUCAGGCCCUUGAGCUGCCAGGCAACGGGCAGUUGGUCAUGCAUAGCCCUGGCUCGGUGCGAAGUGCUGGAGAGGGGUUCAAGCUGAUCAGCCGCAACAACCUGGUCCGAACCACUCUUGGUCUUGUGCUCAAGCAGUCGGACUGGAAAGACCUUGUCGAAGUUGUCUUCAAUAUGGGUCUGCAAUUCGAGCUUGCCUGGCGUCACGGCACAACUCUUGAUUGGAUCACAGAAUCCACAACUGUGCAAGGAGAUGCGCGCGAUUGGGCAGUCUUGUCAGGCUCAGUACUGAGACAGGUAAGCUAGACUAAGCGUCACGACUUACUCCGAAGACUGGCUUACCUGACACACCUUUCCGUAUUCGCUCCCCUCAGGCGUCCCAGAUCCCUGCCUUGGAGCUGCGUGCAGGGAUGCACUACCCGACUAACACUACCACGGCAGAUGGACGCCAUAUCGAAGAGCCGCCUGCAGUCGAAGGCUACCUCUGGCGCGUUAAGCCGGUGUCUGGCGCUUUGACGCGGAUCUACGUCACCACCCAUGACGGACACAUCUUCGUCUGCCGCCCCUCACGCGCCUUUCCUCCUGAUCGCCACCUCGCCACUGGACCGCAGAAGGUGCUGGAGGCGACUGCGUUCCAGCGGCGGCCGUUGCCGCGACGAAGUCAAGAUUCGAGAGGAGCACAGCAGCGCACAAGGAAACGAGACAAGCCUCGACGGGCUCUCGACAAGGUGCUAGGUCGAGACAAACGCCUCACCAGGGAUGAAAGCAUGGACGAACUUCGAGAACAAGUGAUGAGCACUGCUGCCAUUGCGGCAGCUGGCGAGGAUGCUGUCACUGCGCAGCGCUUGGCGUACCAAGCCUUCGAACGCCGUCGCCAAUUCGAACAGAUCAGCAAAGCCGAUGGCUACGUCGACCUCCGAGAUAUGCGCGUCAUCAGAUGCGUCGGCACUGGUCACCAGCGCCGGCCAAGUACCGAUUUGUGCGCAGAUCCGCAUGAGCUGCCAAAAGAAGGAGCCGAGGCUGUCAAGCUCGCAGCCCGCGAGCAAGAUCCAACACUCACGGAGCGUCAUGAUCCAGAUGUGGUCGAGGAAGAAGCUCCUGCACUUUCGCCAGUACAGACCGAUGUUGGCGGCGAGGAAGGUCUAGCGGCUGCUGCGGAUCGCAACGCAUUGCGCCGGUCCCGACAGUUCGAGGUCGUCAUGGCCAACGGUCGUACCACGCGCUUCGAAGCAUACAGCGCAUCCAUCGCCAAAGAAUGGGUCGAGCGGCUGGCCUGUCUGGCACAGUACUGGAAACGUCGUGAAAAGGCGGAUGCCAUUGAGCUGAUGCAUGUCAGCGGAUACAAUCCCUCGAUGAUGAGGAAAAGGCGCGGUCGGCAUCACGAUGAAGACGCUGCGGCUGGUGAGGCCGUGCUCGGGCAAGAAGCGGACUCUGAUCACGUCUCGCCGUUGUUGGGAACCAUUUGGAAUUGGUGCAUGCUAGAAGGGUGUCGCGGCAUCAUUAGAGCCGGACGCUUGUUUCACAAACGCAAAGCGUACACGUCGUUUAGCAGCAGAUACUACAUCCUCAUUGCUGGCAGACUGUUGAGCUACAAGAUCGUCACUUCGCAUCGUACAGCAAGAGACCGACAGAACGCAGGCAUCUUCCACAAGCGACAAGAGACCGUUGUCCAUUUGCGCGAUGCGUACGUCUAUAGUGGAAAAUUGACGGAAGAAAUGCUGACCAAUGGUCGCACCGAGGGAGCUGGAGCGGUAAGCGGUGGCAAUACCGCGAAUGUCGGCGAACGGCAUCGCCUGCCUCGCGUAUAUCGCGAUGGAUUGUUGACUGUAGACGAGGACGAGGAUUGCACAAUGGUUGUGCGAUACAGGCCUCAGCGCUUGCAGCACGUUGCUGAUCCUCACAGCCACGUCCAGCCCCGAGAUGGGGCCGCAGUCAAUAUUGCUGGAAUGGGAACCAGCAUGACGACCAAUUCGGCCACUGUGGACCACGCAACGCAGCCAGCAGUCGCCACCGCGGUGCCAAUGCUGGGCGAUGCGUCUCACAAUCACCUGGUCCUCCGAGCCAGAUGCAAGCUCGAGCGUGAUCUAUGGGUGCACGCCAUUUCUUGUGAGAUUGAGCGCCUUGUGCGACAGGACAAGGAACGAGAGGAUCGCCUGCGUCUGGCUGGUAAGACGCCAUACAAGCCCAACCGGUAG